AUGGCAACUCCUUCGCCAGAGUGGACGCCCGGUUCUUGGCGUUCAAAGCCCAUCAAGCAGGCGCCGGCGUACCCCGACGCGAAGCUUUUGCAAAAGUCUGUUGACGAGCUGUCGAGGCUGCCUCCCAUUGUCCACCCCAAGGAAAUUGUCGCCCUCAAGCAGCAUCUUCGUGAUGUGGCCAAGGGCGAGGCAUUCCUGCUCCAGGGCGGAGACUGCGCUGAACUCUUCUCGUACUGCGAGCAAAAUGCUAUCGAGUCUAAGAUUAAGCUCUUGCUGCAGAUGAGUCUGGUCCUCGUUUGGGGUGCUGACAAGAAGGUCGUUCGAAUCGGCCGCAUGGCAGGCCAGUAUGCGAAGCCCAGGUCAAGCCCGACCGAGGUUGUGGACGGAGUCGAGAUGCCCUCUUUCAGGGGAGACAUAUUAAACGGAUUCCACGUUGAUGAGAGAGAGAUUGAUCCUCAAAGGCUCGUCAAGGCCUACCAUCACUCCUCAGCUACGCUCAACUACAUUCGAGCAUCGCUUAAUGCUGGAAUUGCUGAUCUUCACAGGCCCCUCGACUGGGGCCUGGGCCAUGUCCGCGACCCGGAGCUGAAGAGGAAGUAUUCCGAGGCAGUCCUGUCCUUGACGGACAUGCUUCGGUUCCUGCACACGAUUGGCGCCGACAAGAGCGACAAGCUCGACACGGUCGACCUCUUUACCAGUCACGAAGGUCUUUUGCUCGAGUACGAACAGCCUUUGACGAGGCUUCUUGAGACUCCCGUCCUUCGGUCGAGGCCGAACGAGCCCGCGUCCGCCCCCAAGAAGGAAUACUACAACACAUCAGCUCACUUUCUGUGGAUCGGCGACCGCACGAGACAGAUCGACCACGCGCACGUCGAGUUCUUCCGAGGCAUCGCGAAUCCCAUCGGCAUCAAGGUCGGUCCCACGACGCCGGUGGACGACCUCCUCGCCCUCCUGCGCACGCUCAACCCGAGCUGCGAGCCCGGCAAGAUCACGCUCAUCACGCGCUACGGCGCCGCCAAGGUGCGCUCCCUGCUGCCGGCGCACAUCCGCGCCGUCGAGGACAGCGAGUACAGGCAGUGCGUCGUCUGGCAGUGUGACCCCAUGCACGGCAACACGCAGUCGACGGGCAGCGGCAUCAAGACGCGCAAGUUUGGCGACAUUUUCGAGGAGCUGCAGCAGACGCUGCAGAUCCACAAGGAGCAGGGCAGCUUCCUCGGCGGCGUGCAUCUCGAGCUCACGGGCGACGCCGUCACCGAGUGCCUCGGCGGCAGCGAGAACCUCGACGAGGACGAUCUGUCGACCAACUACACGAGCUUCUGCGACCCGCGACUGAACGAGAAGCAGGCGCUGGAGCUGGCCUUCUUGAUUGCGGAUCACUACCGCAAGGAGAGGAGGCCCUCCACUACAUUGUGA